AUGGAAGUCAAGGAUGAUCCCGAUGAAGAUUCCUUCUUGGACGAUAUCCCUGAUAUCUUCUCGGUUCCUGAUAGCGAUUCUGAUGCUCCUAAGGAAUGGGUAUCAGAUGAAGAAACGAUCAGUGUUUCUCCGUCGGGGGCAAAGCGAAGAAUAAUGAUGAUCAGACCAAAACCCAAGUUCAAACAAAGGCGUCAUUCCUUUGAUGACCUUGCAACGAUCAAUGGUUUGGCCAAAACUUUUCGCGACACCACGAACAGUAUCAUGGACAACAUUGCCAAGGGUGAAGACAACGAAUACAACGUUCUUACAUUAUUCACGGAUAUCAUCAACUUCACGAGUAGAUACAGCGUCCAAUAUGGCGGAGACAAAAGAAUCACAACACUCGUUGGUUUAGCCAAUGAUAUCCUCAAGACCACCAACAUCGAGGAAAAUGGCGUAUACAAGACCCCCACAAAACUCAUUCGUAUGGCGAGGCAAAACCUUAAUAGCCUGACUGGUUUCGUCCAUAAAACUGGUGAGGACAAAAACCCUCCAGCUGUCCAUAUACCUCAACAACAAUCUCCCCACGAUCGAACUUCGCUACAGUAUUUUCUUAACAAACACAUGAGUGAUGUGAAGCAUCAAGCUAGCGAAAACGAGAACACCACUUUAAAACGCGGCAAGCUUCGGGGGAUGGUUGAUUAUGUCAGAGAAGCAAACCAGAAGUCAUGA